GGAGGGUACCAGAGCCCAGGUACUUAGUGUCCCCCAGUACUCAGAUACCCCCAGGACUUACAGUAGGACCAAACUGUGUAACAGCCGGACUGUCCAAUGAAGAAUAAUACUAAGCACAUAUCGCAGCACUAGCAGGUGACUGUACCAGGAACUUGGAGGGACAUCUGAUAUCUUCAGAUUACAAUGCAGGUGUCACAUCAGAUACAUACGAAGACCAUGACAUUAUCCCACAUGUACCCUCAGGCCUUGACCGCAAAACGUCAUCUGAUUCAUCACAGACUAUUAUGCAGAAUCAAAGUCACAGAAGGAGUGGGGGAGCCCAAAGAGCUCUAAAAGGGAAGACACUGUUUUCCUGUUCUAAAAGUGGCAAAUUUAUUACAAAAAAAUCAAAUCCAGAAAAAUAUCAGAUUAUUCACACAGAGGAGAAGCCAUAUUCAUGUUCAGAAUGUGGCAAAUGUUUUGCUCAGAAAUCAAAUCUUGAGAGACAUCAGAGGAUUCACACAGGGGAGAAACCAUAUUCAUGUUCGGAAUGUGAGAAAUGUUUUAAUCAGGAGCAUCAUCUUGUUGAGCAUUUAAAAACUCACACAGGGGAGAAGCCAUUUUCAUGCCAAGAAUGUGGGAAAUGUUUUACCCAGAAAGCACAUGUUGUUGAACAUCUGAAAUCUCACACAGGGGAGAAACCAUUUUCAUGUCCAGAAUGUGGGAAAUGUUUUGCUCAUAAAACAGCUCUUUUUCAACAUCAGAGAAUUCACACAGAAGAAAAGCCAUAUUCAUGUUCAGAAUGUGGGAAAUGUUUUGCUCAGAAAUCAAUUCUUAUUCAACAUGAAAAACAACACACAGGGGAGAAGCCAUAUUCAUGUGCAGAAUGUGGAAAAUGUUUUGCUGUGAAAUCAGUUCUUCUUCAACAUGAGAAGCAUCACACAGGGGAGAAGCCAUUUGUAUGUUCAGAAUGUGGAAAAUGUUUUACUAGAAAAUUAGGUCUCCUUCUACAUGAAAGAAUUCACACAGGAGAGAAGCCGUAUUCAUGUUCAGAAUGUGGGAAAUGUUUUACUCAGAAAUCAAAUCUUCAGAGUCAUCAGAAAGUUCACACAAAGGAGAAGCCGUAUUCAUGUUCAGAAUGUGAGAAAUGUUUUACUCAGAAAUUACACCUUCAGAGACAUCAGAUAAUUCACACAGGAGAGAAGCCAUAUUCAUGUUCAGAAUGUGGGAAAUCUUUUACUCAGAAAUUACAUCUUCAGAGCCACCAGAGAAUUCACACAGGGGAGAAGCCGUAUUCAUGUUCAGAAUGUGGGAAAUGUUUUACUCAGAAAUCAAGUCUUGAGCGCCAUCAGAUAAUUCACACAGGGUAGAAGCGAUAUUCAUGUUCAGAAUGUAAGGAUGUUUUAAUUAGGAAUAUAAUUUUGAAAUCCAUAAGAAAAUUCACACAGGGGAGAAACCAUAUUUAUGUUCAGAAUGUGGGAAAUGUUUUGCUAAAAAAAAUAAUAAUGAUCAGGUCUUCAUCAACAUCAAAGACUUCACACACGGGUGAAGCAAUUUUAACUUCUUCCCCAUAUCUGCCAUACAUGUACAGCAGAGCAGAUGCCAAAUAUUUAAAAGGGUUUUCUAAUUACA